UUCCAAUUUAUUCUCUCUUCAACAAAUUCUCACACUUAGACAUACUCUCUAAUCUGUGCCUGCAAUGACUAAAUGAAGGUAUCAUAGAAAUCUGCUCUGCUUGCAUCAAGUAGUUUAGAAAACCUGUUUUAUUUAUUUUACAUUUAGUUCAUACAAUAAAGGUUUCCAUAGAACUGAUUCAACACAAGUACUUAAAUCCUGCGAAUAAAAUUACCAAUUAAUUAUAUUCAAACAGUAUGGCAAAAACCAAUUAUUAGCCCACAUUGAAACAAUGAUCAUGAUUUGUGUUCUUAUUGAAAAACUUUGGUACCACAUUAAAUAAUUGCAAUACAUAAGGCUGAUAACUGUAAUCUUUUUUAACAUUUAGUAAGAGAACACACUUAAACUACACCUACAAUGAUUAUUAAAACUGAAUCAAUAAAAAACAAAGUUGUAAAAAGAUUUGUAGAGCAUGUAGUUUAUUUAUUAAUUGUUUUUAUUUUGAUACCGCUAUUCUUUUAUUUUGAGUUGUGUAUAGUCUUGCCUGCCGUUUGUGAUGUGUGGUCACCAUCUUAUUUUUUUCAUUUAGUGUGUGCCACAUUUUUACUGCAUAAUAUUGUAGGUAAUCUCGUGUAUGGUAUGUUUACUAAUACUACUAUUAAAGGUCGGUUUCUGGAUAGCCAUGGUUACAACAACUGGACUUUAUGUGCAGCAUGUGAAUGUAGACGCCCACCACGAGCGUGGCAUUGCAAUAUUUGUAAUAUAUGUAUAUUAAAAAGAGAUCAUCAUUGCACAUUUUUUGCUUGCUGCGUGGGCUAUUACAAUCACAGAUACUUUAUUAUGUUUACAUUUUACAUAUUUGUAUCUAUGCUUUAUGCAUUUUAUUUUAACGUUCAGUUUUUAGCACAAUUUUUAACAUGGAACCAUGGUUUAGCUCUAGUGAAAUUUGUAUUUCCCCUUGCUAGUUUUGUUAUUGACUUUGGAAAGGACAGUUUAUAUGUUUUUUUGGUUGUAAUAAAUGUUAUUGUAGCGGGUUUUACAGGUUUUCUUUUCAUCUUUCAUUUUAAUAAUAUUUUAAAGGGCAGAAUUGUGCCCGAAAUGAAACAUCCUAAAGAUAAUCAAUAUGAUAAAGGAUGGAAAGAAAAUUUAGUAGAGGUUUUUGGCACUAAAUGGUAUUUUACAUGGAUUUCACCUUUUGUACAAAGCUUAUUACCAGGUAAUGGCAUUGAAUGGGUUAAUGGCGAAAAGUUCGAAUAAAACGACACUAAAACAAUCGUUGUGUUUCCAUCUAUUACUUAGUUUCAUUCUCAUUUUGUAGUGUGUUACUUAAUAACAAUUCAGCCUUUUUAGUAUAGCUAGAAACACAACAUUUGGUGCUAGAAAAUUAAUACAUAGUAGGUACUUAUCUAAUCACAUUUUCCUUCCAACAGGUUGCUCUGUUAGAAUUAGCUAAAAUGUAUUUAAAGUAAUAGAAAAUACUCAUUCCAAUGUACCUACCUUUCGACGCAUUUAUUCUCAAGAGAAAUGUUACUUAAUGUGUUUUGUGUAUAUAUGUUACGGUCAAAGUGAUAAAUGUGAAAAUUAUGAAUAAUCGCCGGUUAUUAUGAAUAAUUACCGCAUGAUUUGGUAAAUGUGAUUAAUAUGAGAUCAUUUAUGUGUGUAUAAAACUAAAUAGGCGGCUUAGCUUAUUUUUCACUUUAAAUCAAAACAAUAUGUUAUGGGCUUUAUGGCAAAGUAAUGUUACGCAAGAAACAGUCGAAACUCAUUAUGCCAAAUUAUAUUAAUAUAUGAUAUCAAAACAUUCAAAAUGUGUGGCUGUACACAAGCACUAUACAUGAGCCAUUGUUCUUUUAUGAUAUUUCAUAGUACCUACUAAGGUUACAUUAUUAAAUAAUCACUGAUAAAUGUAAUUCAUUUAUUACUUUUACCUCAACUGUCGGUAAUUAUUCAUAAUAACCGGCGAUUAUUCAUAAUUUUCAAUUUAUCACAUUAACCGUAACAUAUAUAAUAUCCUAUUUAUACGCGAAUAGUUUUCAGUUUAUCGGUGCCACUAGGUACAAAAUGCAAAAAUGUUUGUACUGAAAAUUUGUAUUCAUAGAUUUAUUAAUAUGUGCUCUGUCAUCGAUUGUUAUCAGACAGUAAGUACUUACUUACCUAUUUUAUCUUAAAUAACAUUAGGACUGACAACCAUACAGGGUCUUGGUAGUUUGGUUUCCAAAAUUAUUGUCUAUAUUUUCAAUUAGGUAAAUAAAAAUUUGUACUUCAUUUAUAUCAAUUUUAUUUUUAAUAUGACAUAAUUUUGUAUUAAAGAUUAAUAAGUCACUAGCACAUAAUCACAUUAAAAUGUAUUUUUCUUUAAAUUAUUUGAGAUCAUGUAGUCGUCAGAAAUUUUAUGAAAAUAUUGUUAUUGACGGUAACUGGGCAAUGAUCGUGAAUUACACAAAUUAUAAAACGUUUAUUCAUAAAGCUGUACGAUCUACAUAAUGCAGUUGUCGCUGAAGAAAUACCAUCAAUAUGAGGCUCUAAUAGUUAAGAAGAGGAGUGUCCAAAUGAGCUACUAGUCACUAGGAAAAACUGGUUGGUUCUCAUUCAACUUGUCAAAAUAAAAUCUCUUUACAUGCACUUUAACACCUCCAUGUCCGAGAUUGUUCAAGACUGUGUCGAAAUAUAAUGUGUUGUUUUUAGUCUCUAUGUAUGUUAUUGAAAUGCAGAU